AUGGGUAUACCCGAUGUCGGAUCCACGGUUCCAAAGCCGGGAUCGUCUGAGACCAGCCAGAGUGUGGAAGUGUUGAAGGUUCGCGAUGAGGAUGAGUUGCGCUUGGCGCAGAUGGGACAUAAGCAAGAAUUGAAGCGACAUUUCUCGGUAUGGAGCUUAAUUGGCCUAGCUGCCAAUUGUACAAUUUCAUGGACAGGUCUUGGUUUGGGCUUAAUCACCGCAUUGAACUCCGGUGGCCCUGGCGCCCUGAUUUACGGCUUCAUUCUCGUCUUCAUCCUGCAGUCAUUUGUCGGCGCCUCUCUAGCAGAAUUCGUCUCCGCAUACCCGACCGAAGGGGGAAUGUAUCACUGGAUCGCGGCCAUCGCCCCUAAAAGAUAUAACAGUCUACUGAGCUUUGCGACGGGGUGGUGCACAGUCUUUGGAUGGAUUUUCACCACCGCAUCAACGAAUCUUAUCUACGGCUCAACGGUCAUGGGGUUAAUUGCGCUAUACCACGAUGAUUUGGUAGUCAAGCCCUGGAUGACCUUCGUUGCAUACCAAAUCUUGAAUAUUAUUACAUCUGGCAUCGUCAUGUUUGGCAAUCGUUUUAUCCCAGCGAUCAACAAAUUCUCCCUGCUUUAUCUACAAUUGGCAUGGUUUAUCACUAUGGUCACAGUGGCCGCCGCCGCACCCGCACACAACGACAGCAAAUUUGUAUUUGCUACGUGGAUGAACAAGACAGGAUGGGAUAACAACGUGAUGUGUUUUAUAACCGGCUUGGUGAACCCAUUAUACGCAUUGGGUGGGCUUGAUGGAAUAUCCCACAUUACCGAAGAAAUGCCUAAUCCCGGGAGAAACGCCCCUCUGGGUCUUGCGAUCACCCUCUCAAUUGCAUUUGUUACAGGAAUCUCAUACUUGCUCAGCUUGAUGUUCUCCGUUCAGAACUACGAUUCACUGGCCGAUACGAGGACGGGUCUCCCACUGGCUGAGAUCUUCCAGCAAGCAACUUCCACCAAGGGUGGUGCAUUUGGCCUCGUUUUCAUGGUCUGGGUUGCGCUAGGACCAUGUGUGAUCGGCUCCCAAUUGAGCACUGGACGUGUAUUUUGGGCAUUCUCUCGCGAUAAUGGCCUUCCCCUUUCUCACAUCUGGGCACGCGUCCAUCCCAAGCUUGGAUCACCUUUCAACGCACAGCUCUGCGUCGGAGUUAUCAUCGCGUUACUGGGCUGCAUUUAUCUGGGAUCCAGCACCGCAUUCAACUCGAUGAUGAGCUCUGCAGUGACGAUCAACAACCUCGCAUAUGUCGUUCCGAUUCUGACGAACGUAUUGCUGCGCCGACGCACAAUGCACCGCGGACCGUUCGCGAUGGGUCAAUUCCUGGGGAUGACGGUCAACAUCAUUUCGGUGCUAUGGCUAGUCUUUGCGAUUAUCUUCUUCUCCUUCCCUUUCGAAAUGCCCGCUACCGUUGCCAAUAUGAAUUAUACAUGUGUGGUUGUUGGCGGAUUCUUGAUCAUUGAACUCGGGUGGUGGCUUAUUGCGGGAAAGAAAUAUUCACAGACGGUACAGAGGGCCCGAGAAGAGCAUGAUACGGCUAUGUUUGUUGAAGGACAGCCAAAGGCUUGA